AUGGAUACCAUGCUGGAUUACUUCUGGAACGUCUCCACGACGCCGGAGCCGUCAGAGAACCUGAGCGAGGGCGGCAUGGCGGCAAACUACACCCGGGAUCUGACGUCCCAGCUGAAGCACGACAUCCCCAUCACGGGCCUGUUCAUCGUCAGUUACGGGCUGGUGUUUCUCUUCUCCCUGGGCGGCAACGUCGGGCUGUGCAUCGUGGUGCUGAAGUACCCCCGCCUGCGCACCGUCACCAACUACUUCCUGCUGAACCUGGCUGUCGGGGACAUCAUGGUGACGGUGUGCUGCAUGCCGUUCACACUUGUGGACAACAUCCUCAUUGGCUACGCUUUCGCCGAGGCCAUCUGCCGACUCUCCCGUAUGAUCGAGGGAGUCUCCGUCGCUGCGUCCGUGCUGGGACUGAGCGCCGUCGCCUUCUACAGGUACAGAGCUAUCGUGCACCCACAGAAGCCAAAGAUGACCCGAAAACGUGCGUACCAGCUGAUCGUGGUGUCCUGGCUGGUGUCCCUGUUCAUCAUGCUCCCGCUUGCUUUCGUCCUGAAGGGUCGCUACCUGGAGGAUCAAGGAAUCAAGGUCUACAUCUGCAAAGAGGAGUGGCCCACCAUAGAGUACGACCAGGCCUUCACCACCACCCUCUUCGUCUUCGUGUACUUCCUGCCUGUGAUGAGCAUGGCGGUGAUGUACGGGGAGGUGUCUCGGAAGCUGUGGGGGAGACAGCAGAUGAGCCGGAGCUCCCAGAGGUACUCGGACCGGGCGCGCAAGCGGGCGCAGGUCACCAAGAUGCUGAUCAUGAUCGUGGUGCUGUUCGCGCUGUCCUGGCUGCCGCUCUGGGUCCUGCAGUUCCUGGGGGUCUUCGCGCAGCUGCCGGAGACGAUCGCGCGCGACCUGUUCAUGUACGUCUGGCCCGUGGCCCACUGGCUGGGCUACUGCAACUGCCUGGUGAACCCCAUCGUCUACGGGUACUUCAACAGGGACAUCAGGAGACAGCUCCAGUCGCCAGCCUCCGUCACCAUGCCAACCAUGUGAGAUGACGUCAUCAUCAUCGUCGCCAUGCCAACCAUGUGAGAUGACGUCAACAUCAUCGUCACCAUGCCAACCGUGUAAGAUGACGUCAUCAUCAUCGUCGCCAUGCCAACCGUGUGAGAUGACGUCAUCAUCAUCGUCACCAUGCCAACCGUGUAAGAUGACGUCAUCAUCUUCGUCGCCAUGCCAACCGUGUAAGAUGACGUCAUCAUCAUCGUCGCCAUGCCAACCGUG